AUGAGAAACAGACCUCGAAGAAAGCAGUUCUCCAGCUGCGACGCCUGUCGUCAAUCACGAGUAGCCUGUGACGCCACAAAACGUGGGCAUCAACCUAACCAGACAACAUGGAACGGCGCAUGCUCGCGAUGCCUUUCGAGAAAUCGAAAAUGCACAUUCAAGGUACAAAAGUCCUCCUUGGUUUCUAUGUUCCUUUUGGCUAAUCAUUACGGCACGUAUAAGUGGAUUGGGAAGUCGACUUCUCGCUUGGGGAAAGACGAAAGUGUCAUUCCAGUCUCAGUGAUUGGUGACUUAUCAGACGGUGCUCCUCUCGAGUUGGGAAACGAGGCAUCGAAUGGAAGAACUGAAAAUCAUGUAUAUGAAACAAGUCCAUCCGAAAUCGUCGCAUCACAUGAAGCUCAGCUUCCCAUUCCAACCAUAGAGUCAGGAGAUACUCUUCUUGCCCAAUGGAGUAAACAAAUCUAUCAUCACAUCUUCUCAAGCAUCUUCGGCCAUUGCCUUGGCAGAAAUGGUUGUCCAUUCGUAAACAACCCACCAAGCGACAUUUUCCUAGCCCCAACAAAGCUAUUCAAGGAUCUUGACGCUUACAUAGAUAAGCAACAAGCCCCUAGAGAACAGGAUGCUCAAAUCGAACAGUUCUUGGACCGUGCCAUACAAGCCUUUGCCGCACGAUGGCUUCCAGUCACGACGCCGAAGACCCCACAUCUGCAAGAAGUAAUCAAGAAAAACUGGCGAGCCUUAAGAAGAGACAUGCUAAGAGUCAUCAACCACCCCUCCUACUGCUCCGUCCUAACGCUCUACCUAUUCGGACAAACUCCCGUUCCUGCGGGAGUCACCUCCGAAGAAGAGAGCGACGGAAUCAGCAGCGCAGUCUGCAUCCAAACCGCUCUUUUACACAUCCAACAACUACGCCAUAGCUGCCAAUUUCUCAAUCUCCCACCCGCGUUCGUAGAGCUCGAAAGUAGAGCGUACUGGGCGGGCGUGAUGUGGGACACGACCAAUUCCUUGUUGUUGAAUAUAAGAUCCUCGCUCACUUCAGGUUUGAAAGGAGCUUGUCUCGAGCCAGCCUGGAAGCUCGCUCGAGGAUUCCUGGCCUCCUUCCAUUCUAAAACGGAAAUUUGGCAAAAGAAAAGCUUCGAGGCUUCCGAGGAAGAAGCUCAGCAGGUGAUUUCCGCAGCUAAUGUCUGCAGUGUAUAUACUUGGAAAACAAUCGCGAGUGUGAAAGAAGCAUUAAGAGAAGGGGUCGAGGAAAGCGAUCUUAUGUUCUCUUGGGACGCCUUUCUUGAUGCUUUGGAUGUGUUUAAAUCGACGAUUCGGCCGCUGAUGAGUACAUGCCAGAAACGGCUCCAUUUUCUCGGGCAGGUUGAAAGACUGAAGUGGUAUCAUGUCGUCUUAGAGUAUUAUCUUGGGAUUCUACUUCUGGUAGAGACGAUAGAAGGAGCUGGUCGUCAGGAUCUGCUUUCGAAGAUAGUAGAGACGAGGACUGGUGCCGAGCUGGAAUCUUUCAAUGUUCUGAAAUUCGGUUUGGAGAGCAGGUACACAAUUACUGAACAUUCUACAGGGACUGAACUGGUUGGCAAACAGAUCUCUGUGUCAUUCAUCGCCAUUGAUCCAUACCCGACGCAUGUCGUUGCUUUGGUGCAGCUGAUGACAAAGGCCAUCAAACGCAGAUAUCAACAGGGCGAUAUAAAGCAGGAGGUACAUUCCUAUCUCUCCUCGACAUUGCUGAAGGUUCUCGAAGAACUUCCUCCAAACUCUUGUGUAGUUUAA